GCGCGGGCGCUCGGCUCCCGGUCCGCAGUCAGGGUGGGCUCCUGCGGUCCCCGCAGGAGGAGGGCGCUCCUGCCAGAGGAAAAGCCCAUACCUGGUAAUGAUCUACGGUGACUCAGAAACAGUUUCCACUGGGAAGCUCCUGCAUUUUUAAUGUCCCUGAUGGUCAAGAAGAACUUAUCUUUUUGGAAGCGACUUGGCUGUUAAAUCGUUAUAUUGGGAUUUCUCAGGAUAUAGCCUUCAAGGGGUGACCACCACCUGGGCAUGGGACACUGGCCCCUUCCCCACCUCCUGUGAGUGAGCCAGGGGCCGGGGUUACUGUGGGGAUGCCUGUCCAUCACCGGAAGUCAGACUCCUGGGAGAUGGACCCUGAUUCAUCACCUGGCUGCAGGCUCGGUGACCUGAGCAGAGGGAGCAGUUUGGAGAGUCGGACCAGCAGCUCUCGUUCCCGAAGCCUCACUCUGGAUGAUGAGAGCCUGAAGUACCUCACACACGAGGAAAAGGACGUCCUCCUGUUUUUUGAAGAGACGAUUGAUUCCCUAGAAGAUGACUUUGAGGGGCAGGUCCUGUGUGACGGUGACGCCCAGUGGCACUCUUCGAGGUCUCUGGAAGACAGCACGUCCGCUCCCUCCGAGCCAGAGGAUGUCGUGGCCUUGGUGCAGCUGGGCCCUGGAGCCGGGGAGCCUGAGAGCCUUGAGGAGGUGAAGGAGACCACAGGGGCUGGCCCUUUUGGAAAGGAAGACGCCCCUGACCUUGAUCACAAGAAAGAGGAUGCAGAGAAGUCUCCUCCGUCAGACCCCCCAGGGCCUGAGGCCCUGCCAUCUUCCCUACCUGCCUCACCUGUAGCAGCUCCGGCCCACCCCAGGAGAGAGCCCCCCGCUCCCCCCGCAGAGCACCCCAAACUGCCCCGCUCGGUCCCCACUCCGCUCGUCAUCGCCCAGAUGUCUGAGAAGCUGGCAGGGAACGAAGGGCUUUCGCCCACAUCUCCGUCCAAAGAGGGCAGGCCUGCAGAGUGGAGGACGCUGGCUUCUCUGGCCCCUCGACACGGAGACCACUCACCGUGGCACCGACAGCCGGCGCCCAAGAUCCACCGCUUCCCGAGCAACAUCAGUGUGACCAACAGUGCGGGGAAGGACUUCAAUAAGACCAUCUCCAAGGCCGCAGUCAACGUGCAGGAGCGCAAAGCCCAGGUCCUGGCCAACAUCAACGGCGUCUCCUUCCUCUCUGUGGGGGAGACGGAGGACCGGGCCCAGAGGGGCGAGCCCAUCGAGCAGAGAAGCGUCUCUCCCGAGCAGAGCCAGCCAGGCCCGGCCCAGGAGGCUGUCCCCACGCGGGCUGGGGCCCGCGGCGCCCAGCAGUCCAGAGGCGUGCAGACAGAACAGCCCCUGCCGCUGGCCAACGGCUUCCAGAGCAUCCACGACGUCCUCAAGAGCCAGGCCGGGCCCUUCGUCUCCACCGGGAAGACGGUGACCUUCCGUCCGGACCCGGCCCUCCCCAGCAGACUUGCACCCCAGCAGCCGGACUGCGGCCAGGCGGCCAGGAAGCGGUCGGGCUCGCUCCCCAGGGCUGUGGGGUUCAGACCCCAGGGUAUCACUGUCCAGUUCUCGGGCCGGGGCUCCACGGAAGAGGCCCGCCGGGAGGCCCUGCGGAAGCUCGGCCUCCUGAAGGAGAACUUAUGAUGGAGAGUGAGCGGACGGCGGGGAAGGCAGGGUGGCCUGCUGCGCAGAGCCAAAAAUGGAUGUGCACAUGCGCACAGCUGCAAAGCCCCGACUGGGUACCGGGUUGACGACUAGAGAUGAGGGCCUGGGAGUCAGUAGAUGAACCGCCCUCCAUUCUGCAUCCGAGCUGGGACAUCCUUCCGUGUAAGAGGGCCCGCAUCACAUCUUGUCUUCCCUUUUCCAAGAGCUCAGAGAAUAACCUUGAAAACCUACAGGUUUCUAUGAUUUGUAAAUGCCAUAUGUUUUUUGGAUCUAGGAGGAAGGGGAUUUGGGUCUGAUUUUUUUUUUUUUUCUGUUAUUGAGCCUCUGAUCUAACCUUUAAUCCCCGAAUGCAUGAGAGGAAAGCCAGUGUAGAUCUCAUACUCAUUUCCCUAAGAAAGGGAACUUCCCCUCCUUUUCAAGAAAAUAAAGAAGUGCUUGUUCAAUUUUCAUAGUGUCUUAAAGUACUGUUUUGGUCUUUUGUUAGUUUUUUAAAGGUGAAAGACAGUAUGUUAGCCUGAGAUAUGCCUUUGUUUCUUGAUAAAAUUUGGUUUGCCCAGGAUGGUUUUUUUUUUUAAUUGAAAAUUAAAGCCUUUAGAGUAUGAUUUGCUAUAAUGUUGAGCUAUGGGAAUGGAAUGUAAGGGUUCAGUUUGGGAAAAGGGGUAAUUUUAAGAAAGUCUUAUCAAACUACAGAGUCUUUGUUACUGGGAGAUAUGUGUGUGAUCAUGUACUGUGUAUAUACAUGUACAUAAUGUAUGUUUAUAGGGACAUAUAUACAGAUAUAGGUGGUAUGCACACACAUUAUUACAUAUAUAUUAACUUCUUAAAACCCUGUUGCAUAACUGCAGGAUUCAAUCACUUCCUAUUCUUUUGAUACACAAAUCAUCUCAGUGUUGAGAUGAUGCCACAGAAAUUGUUACUUCCUAAUCAAGAAGUCUUUUAAGGACACAUCUCCAUAACAUUUCGGUGAACCAAAGUGCUUUUUCUUCAACAAUGUGUUCUGUUCCCAGUUAAAGUAAUAAUCCAAAUAAGCUUCCUACUAAGCAUGAGAGUUCAUUUUUUUAGUGAAAGUUUUUUUUUUUUAGUGAAAUAUACUUUUUGUGUGUGUAUGAAGUACACUUUUAAAGAUGUCAUGUAUCACCUAAUUUUAACCUAAUUUUAUCACCAUAUUUUAGUUUUGCAUGUUCCAAGGUGGCUGGUAAACAAGGAAACAAGGGUCUUAACAGCCCCCAUGUUCCAUGGGCAAGAUCUCAGGAGUAAUUUAAAAGGGAAAAAGCAGCUAACUAGGUUACACAGCAUGAAACUGGUUUUCUCCCAUACCAUGUCUCCCAUGCUGAGUUGUAACCACCAGCUUUAUUAUCAAAACUAUUUCGGGCUGGAGUCUAAAACCUCUAAAAAUAGACCAGGAAGGCACACACUUGAAAGUCACACCCUUUUGUUGUAUGUCUCAGCCACUGUCACAGAAUCUUUCUUUCCUGUUGAGUAUUAUUUAAACUCAAACUUCUAAAUGUGCUGUGAAGGGUGUUUUUCAUAGUAUCAAUUUGCCUUGUAAAUUACAUAAAAUGAUUGUAAUGUUUUCUUUAGAAUGACAGUAUUUAGUGACUUGCCUAGCUCUUGUCCUCCCAAAAUAAUCUCAUAGAUUCUCGAUGGUCUUAAUUUAAAUAGGUGCUUUGAUUUUACAGGUUUUUAAAAAUAGUUUUUAUUUUACUUCUGUUUAUGUUGGAUUUGUUGAAUGGAUUCUUGGGGGCUGUUAUUUCCUUUUUAUAAAGCAAGAUGCCAUGUUACACAGUAUUUUUAAAUGGCUUACAUUUUUAAAAUCUCUUGUAUUUGAGGAUUCUUUUUUUCUUGUCCUGUGACUUCAUUGUGAUUAGAACUUGUCUAUAUGUUAGUGUAUUUGUUCUUAUAAUGGUAUUUUUGAAAAAUAAAUUUAGAGAUGUCUCAAGUAUAAGCAA